UCUUGUAUCAGCCCAACGUGAUCCAAAGUAGAGGUUGGGCUGCAAACCUAGCCCAAAUUGCAACGCUAAUAGAUGCUUCCGCCGUCACAGGAAGCCCCGAAACCCUAAUUUCCGAGCUAAAACCUCGCGAGCGAGAGAAACGCAGAGGGUAAUGGCGAGCGAGAAACCAAAAACUCCCAAGCGAAAGAAGCCUCAAGACCACUCCCCCUCUAAACCCCUCUCACGCCAUUCCAUCAAGAAGAAGAAGACGAACAAGAGCAAAAACCCAAAUCACAUGCCUCUCGGCAAGAACAAAACCCUAGCCGAGAAGAUGAAGAAUAGAGAGGCGGAGGAGAAGAAGAAGAGCGGAGAAGCCAACCGUGAUACCGUCCUCCUCUCAACUGCUCCGGCGGCCGAGCAGCUUCGCUUCUUCCUCAACCUGUUUCAAUCCGCCAACAAAAUCAAGCUCUCUCCUCUCGAGUUGGAGGCCUUCAAAGAUACUUCCAUGGUUAGAUUUGCUGAAGAUAUGGAUCAGGAUGUGGAGAAUUUGAGCAAGCAUAUGAAGGCUAUUUUUGGAACUUCAUGGAAGGAAGUUCUUUGUGAGGGGAAGCUUUCAGAGGGAACAAUUGAUGCAGGGAGUCCGGCAGUACUUAUUAUUAGCACAUCUGCUUUGAGGUCAUUAGAGCUUAUCAGAGGUUUGAAACCAUUAACAAGAGAAUGCCGCCCAGUGAAGCUUUUUGCGAAACAUCUGAAAGUGGAAGACCAGGUUGCCUUGCUUAAGAAUCGAGUAAAUUUUGCUAGUGGUACACCAAGCAGGAUCAAGAAGUUAGUUGACAUGGAUGCGUUGUCCCUUUCACGCUUAGCGGUGGUUGUUCUUGACAUGCACAGAGAUGUCAAGGGUUAUUCACUGUUGACACUACCACAAGUCAGUGCUGAGUUUUGGGAUUUGUAUAGAAGUCAUUUACUUCAAAGACUUCUCCAAGGUGAUGUGCGGAUAUGUUUAUAUGGAGCGAUCCCUGGUGAUCAGAUAAAAAAGGUGGUUAAGGAUAAUAAUUGAUCACCAGCCUAUUUCGUACAUGUGAAUGCAAUUUUGUUGUAGUGGUUCACAUUUCCUUCUGUAGAAUAUUUUUUAGAAGACGUUUGUUGCCUGAUCUCUAUAGCUUUGUUUUAAAUCAAAAGUUACAAUUCGGGUAACUUUGUAUGAAAGUAAUAUUUUCAUGCCUUCCUGGAUGCUUCCAUACAUUAAUUAGCUUGAUUCAUAAAUUGAAACUUUAUAUAUUUUGAAAUCUAAUAAAUAUGCAUGUAAUAUGUUAA